UUUUUUUUUUUUGCAUAAAGACGGAAACAACCUUGUAACAUAUCAUCUAUGGAGAUUUAUGAUAUACUCAUAUCUUUGUAAUACAGAAAUAACCCAUGUCGGUUUGUAACACCUUUAGGAAGCCCUAGCAAAAAGUUAGUCGGCAUAUAUGCUUUAUAUAUUAGGUGCAGCCACUCCUCCUUGAUUCAGCAUCACAAAUACUCACAUACAUUCUAAAAUUCUAAAUCGUUUUUUCAAUCAUCACUUCUAAAGAAACCAUGUCUCCUCUUUUGGUUGGUCCCCCAGAGAUCCGUGAUCCCAGCUCCCUCGUCCCAAACCCCGUGACAGCUUCUGGCCCAAGCGACCCAUUCAUGGACGCGAUGGUCUCAAACUUCAACUCAACCAGAGUCAACAACGACUUCUCUACACCUCCCAUGGGCUACACCGAGAAUAACUCCGCCACGCACCUCUCCUCAGGAAACCCCUGCCUCGAUUUCUUCUUCCACGUUGUUCCCUCCACGCACAAGUCAACGAUAGAUGACCUUCUUAACAAGGCUUGGGACCACGACGCCUUGACCACCCUCAAGCUUAUAUGUAACCUUCGUGGAGUCCGUGGCACCGGGAAAUCCGACAAGGAAGGGUUUUACAAGGCGGCGUUGUGGCUCCAUGGUCGUCAUCCCAAAACCCUAGCUUGCAACCUCGAGUCUCUCUCUAAGUUUGGUUACUUUAAAGAUUUCCCGGAGCUUCUUUACCGGAUUCUACUAGGAGCUGAAAUCCGUAAGAUCAAGAAAUCGCAGAAGUACCAGAACAAAGGCAAAGCAUCUCGAGCUCGGUUCGCUUUCCAACCCUCGAAAGCCUCUUAUGGUGAUCGUCGUGCUCGUGGAAGGGGUCACAAAUCGGGUCGCCAUGGUAGUAAAAAGAAGCCGGAGGCGACGAGAGCCAAAAGGAUAGAGAAGGCAGAGAAGAGGAACCAAGAGGAGAAGCUUAGAGCGAGUUUGGAGAGGAAGAAGACGAAGGCUUCAAUGGGGAAGGACGCAAUCUCAAGAUAUUCUCACGAUCCUGACUAUAGGUUUCUCCACGAACGUGUCUCGGAGCUAUUCGCAGAUCACCUCAAGAAAGAUAUGGAGUUUUUGACAUCCGGAGAGACUAACAAAAUCUCUCUAGCGGCUAAGUGGUGUCCCUCUCUUGAUUCGUCUUUUGACAAAGCAACUCUUCUUUGUGAGAGCAUUGCUAGGAAGCUCUUCCCACGUGAGUCAUUCCCUGAAUACGAAGGCGUUGAAGACCCUCACUAUGCAUACAGAGUCCGUGACCGGCUAAGGAAGCAAGUUCUUGUUCCUCUCCGUAAGACUCUUCAGCUUCCCGAAGUGUACAUGGGAGCAAAAGACUGGGAGUCUCUCCCGUACAACCGUGUAGCGUCAGUGGCGAUGAAGUCUUACAAGGAGAUAUUCUUAAACCACGACGCAGAGAGGUUCCAGCAGUAUCUUGACGAUGUGAAGGCGGGAAAAGCAACUGUGGCCGCCGGUGCUCUGCUACCUCACGAGAUAAUCAGAAGUUUAGAAGACGGAGACGGUGGUCAAGUCUCUGAGCUGCAAUGGAAACGAAUGGUGGAUGAUCUUAAAGAGAAAGGUACGUUGAAGAACUGCAUGGCUAUCUGUGACGUUUCGGCAUCUAUGAAUGGUGAACCAAUGGAGGUUUGCGUCGCUCUUGGUUUGCUCGUAUCUGAGCUAUCCGAAGAGCCAUGGAAAGGAAAGGUUAUAACGUUCAGCCAAAACCCUGAAAUGCAUUUGGUGAAAGGAGACGAUCUGUUUUCAAAAACAGAGUUCGUGAGAAAGAUGCAAUGGGAUAUGAACACUGAUUUUCAGAAAGUGUUUGACUUGAUUCUGAGAGUGGCUGUAGAAAGGAAACUGAAGCCUGAGGAUAUGAUCAAGAGGGUGUUUAUGUUCAGUGAUAUGGAGUUUGAUCAAGCGUCGAAGCGCCCGCCGAGUUAUCCGAAUUACAAUGGAGGGGGAUUGCCGCAUUAUCCGAUGCACAAUCCAUACUAUGGAAUGCCGCAUUAUCCCAUAUACAAUGGAUAUGGAAUGCCGCAUUAUCCCAACAGUGAACCGUCUACUCCGAGCAAUGGGUGGGAAACGGAUUAUGAGGUGAUUGUGAGCAAGUACAAGGAGAAAGGGUACGGUGAUGCUGUGCCGGAGAUAGUGUUUUGGAACUUGAGGGAUUCGAGAGCUACGCCGGUGCCUGGAAACAAGAAAGGAGUUGCUUUGGUGAGUGGUUUUUCGAAGAAUUUGCUGAAACUGUUUUUGGAAAAUGAUGGAGAGAUUAAUCCGAUGAAGGCCAUGGAGGAUGCUAUAUGUAGAGAUGAGUAUAAGACACUUGUUGUAGUUGAUUGAAUGAUUCUGGUUUUUGGCUUUUGUUUACCUAAUUAAUUAUGGGCUUUUACAAUUA